CUGUUAACCAUUUGAACCUCUGAAAUUCAUGAAGAUCUUCGCAUGUUUAUAUACACCAUGAUAAGUGCAAGUUAAAAAAUAAUUGAUAAUAAUAAGUUAAAUAUGCAACCUUCAACAGAUUCAGGGUCUGAUGAACAUACAGAGAACAAAGCUACUGAAGCGACUCUAAAAAUCCCAUUCGAAACAGCAAAGAGUGCAGAAAUUGCAUACCGUGUGCUAAGUGUGGAUAAAGAACCACGUCGCAAUUUUGUCAAAAAGGAUCUAACUUUAGUGGGUGAUCAAAUAGAAGUACAUUUUGUUGCCGACCAAGUAAAAAAUCUUCGCACAGCAAUCACAUCAUUUUUUGGUGCUCUUCUACUUUGUACGGAUACAAUUAAAGAAUUUGAGCUAAAAAACUCUGACAACGACAAUGCCGGAGCACACGCCAGCGCCAACUCCGCAUAGAGCGGUCUAUGGUUUUGGUUUUUAUUUACUAUUUCUUACUCUUUUCAUUUUGUAUGUAAUGUGGGCAUUGCUUCCAACAGAGAGUUGGGGUUUGCAUUACUUACCUGAUAAAUACUUUGCUGCAUAUCUUCCAAUACUAAUACUUAUGGGCAUGUUUUUCUUCGAGCUCUUCGUAUACCCUGGGAUAGGCCU